AUGAAAACAAAACAUUUCGCCAAAACUUAUCUGCUCGACUCUGCUGAAACCGGUCAAAACAUAGCACAAGCAAAGAACAACAACAGGACAAGAGCAUCCAGAACCUACUAAAAAUUGAAUUUUAGUGAAAUUUUCCAUAGAUAAUGGAAUGAUUCUUGAGCGCAACGAUUAAUUUGAUAAGAAAAUUGCGUUAAUCUUAUUGUCGGCUGCUCGUCAAUUCAAAAGCUCACAUUAUGAAAGAAGAAUUAUCAGCUCCUGUGCAAAAUCCUGCAGAGACCAUGGAUCAGACUGCAGAAAGCAAUGUGAUUGCUUGUAGCGUUGAAAGUACCACCACCAACAACAAGGACUUAAGAAACCAAAAUUUGAGAAACCAACAUUUGACGAUGCCUAGGCACCGUGGUAAAUUUGUCAAGAAAAGUAAGCUUGCCUCCUUGAACUGCCUGCGUAAACAGUGGACAAGAGUGGACAAUGGGCAACAAGCUAAUAAAAUCAAGAAGAUUGACAAUCUGGGGGACGAUGGCAACAUUCCCCAGUUCUUCAUUCCAGCUGUGCGGCUGGUUGAUUUGAACUUGCUGGCAGUCAAACUCUGGUGCCAAUUCUGUGACAAGCCUCUGUCGCUGCGAAACUGCGUCGACGAGAAGAAAAACAUGUUCAAAUCUCUUCUGCAGAUUCAAUGCACUUACUGUGACAAGGUGAGAGAGGUGUCUCUUUCGUGGGUGGAUGAAAAGGGAGGCACAAUCGUGUACGAAGGUCGAAGCAAACGUCGAGUCCUUCGAAAUGAUGAUGACCUGUAUCGGCUCAAGAUACUAAGCAAGACGUCACGGAUUGCUAACAAAAAAGCAGCUCAGAAGUCAAAAGAGUGCAAAAAAGUAGCUCCCAAGAAAAAUCAGAAGAAGUCUGUUGUUGUGGAACCUUUGCCCUCGGAUAACAACAAACAAGGACUGGCCAUUGAAAGCACUUUUUCCCUAUGUUUGCCUCAGCUGCCAAAUACUGCAAAUUACAUUCUUCCAGAAACCAGUGAGAAUGGAAAUCUGCCAAUUGCUGGCACUUCCUCACCUGUGGAAGCAAACCAGGAUUUCCAUGUUGUCAACAUAGAUAAUAUUUUGAAAUCCGAGUCUGAAGUUGAUAUGGACUGUGACGAUGAUGAUGACAACUACAGCAUUGAAAGCGAGCCUGACGUUUCUCAAAUACCUGAACACUUAAUGAGAAAUGUGAGAUUUUCACGAGAUGGUCCAGAUUAUGAAUGGGAGCCUAUGGGCAUGGCCAAAGAUGAAUCUGAAGGCCCACCUCGUGAGCCACAGAUGGAUGAAGUUUGCUACUAUUGCCCAGAAAAAUUUGAAACUAUACACAGGAGACGAGCUCACAUGGUCGCUGCUCAUGAAGAAUUCUCUCAAAGGAUCUGUGGGACAUGUGGUGUGAAAUCUGCAAGUGAUUCGCGCUUCAAGACACAUCUUCGUCGGCACCGAGCUGACCUGCACGUUGUGUGCGAUUAUUGUGGUGAAAGUGUUUUGCGAACAUAUCUCAAAAUUCACCAGCAGCGCCACCAGCCAAAGAGCAUUGUCUGCCCAAAGUGCCCCGACAAGGCCUAUGCAUCAGAAGCCAAUCUCAUCAAGCAUAAUUUGUUCGUUCAUGUGACUCCCUUCAAGUGCGACUUCUGUGCCAAAUCCAUUCGAGGCCGGUGGAGAUUCACGGAGCACAUCAAGACUCACGUUAUGAACAGGAAAUACAAGUGUCUGCACUGCAGUGCCACUUUUGAAAGAAGGGACAACAGAAACACCCAUGUCAAGAACAACCACAACUUUGUGUGUCUCGUCUGCAGUGCAAAAUUUACCACUGCCAGCCUUGCCAAGGAUCACACCGAAAGCAGUCACACCCAACAAGAAAUUUCUGAUCUUGGUCUGGAUGGAAAUUCUGCUUUCGAGAAGGUCACCAAGUUCAGAUGUCAGAUUUGCCUCCAGCAUUUUGCGUCAAAUCAGUCGUUGGGUUUCCACACUCAGCGAAUUCACGGCAAGGACAAAGAUAAAAUCAAUGAUGAAAAACUAAAGAAAGGAGGUUCAGAAACUGAAGUUUCUCACCAGAAAAGUGGUUAGGGCUAUUUUUUGUAGGAGGAAGAAGAAUUGAAUUGGGAGUUAAAUUUGAAAUUUGAUCUGCGAAUAGUUUCUGGAAUUAUAAAAUUUUUAUGGAAACCAAUAGAGAGCAUUGCAAUCAUUCAAUAAUUUCAAUUUUUCCAUACUAUUAAAAAUGAAAAUGAUGUUAUAUUGAGAUGAAAAUUUAUCAAAUAAAUGAGA